UCGCGCCCCCACCACGUCCCUCUCCUUGCCGUCAACUCUGCACGCUGCUGCUCAAUUCUCCCCGAUCCCCGCUUCCUCUUCCCUCCCGCCGAUCGCCCAUGGAUCCCAACCACGACGUCGCCCGCGCGCCAGCGCCGCCGUCGGAGGACUCGGCGUACCCGCGCAUGUCCCCGGAGGACCUCGCGACGCCGCCGCCGCCGGUCGUGGCGCCCGCCGGCACCAACCCCUACGUCAUGCCUUCGCCGUCCUCCGGACCGCCCCCCAAGAGCGCCAGGGAGAAUCUGAGGGACAUGUUCGGCCAGGCGGGGAAGAGGUUCAGCGAGGCCGCCCGCAAGACCGAGGGCAUCGCCGGCGACGUCUGGCAGCACCUGAAAACAGGGCCAAGCAUCACGGACGCCGCAAUGGGGAGGAUCGCCCAGAUAUCCAAGGUCAUAUCGGAAGGCGGAUACGACAAGAUAUUCCAGCAGACCUUCGAGUGCUCGCCUGACGAGAAGCUCAAGAAGGCCUACGCCUGCUACCUCUCAACCUCUCAUGGUCCGAUAAUGGGCGUCCUGUACGUCUCCACCGCCAAGCUUGCGUUUUGCAGUGACAGCCCGGUGGCGUAUGUCACCGAGGAUAACAAGACCGCCUCCUCCAUCUACAAGGUAGUUCUACCCGUGCCUCACCUGAGAUCAGUCACUCCCACCGCAAGUCAACAGAACCCUGCAGAGAGGUACAUCCAGGUUGUUUCUGUUGAUAACCAUGAGUUCUGGUUCAUGGGCUUCGUGAACUACGACAGUGCUGUGAAGUAUCUCCAGGAGGCUGCUAGUGGCAGCGCCUAGUCAUUGGUUCCGUGUCACAUGUAUCCGGCUGUGUCUAUAGAUCAUUCUUGCGUACUUUGGUUAAAAUUAAAAUCUCGGGCUUAAAUAAGCAGUGCAUUCAUAAAUCAGUAGUGUGGAUACUUUUCCGGUCCAGAUGUGUUGUAAAUAUCAGAGGAACCUGUAUUGUUUGCUGCGCUCAUUCUUCCACAGUGAAUUAAUCAUAUGUAUUGUUUUUCGAAAGCUCAA